UCCGCCCCAUCUCCCCGCAGAGCAUCAAGGAAGCGACAUCCCCGGCCCAGCGGCUGCGGCGGCGACAGGUGGAGAUGGCCGGCGGUGGCGCCGCCGCGUCGGCGCUCUCGAGCCCGUGGAGGGCGCUGCUGCAGCGAGCGCUGGACGCCAACGCGCACCUCAAGCACUCCACCUUCUUCCAGCUCGCCACGGUGGGCGGCGGCGGCAGGCCGGCGAAUCGCACCGUCGUGUUCAGGGGGUUCCAAGAACACUGCGACAAGAUUCAGAUUAAUACGGAUGCGCGGAGCAACAAGGUUGGUGAGAUCAAGGAAUGGCCCCUCGGUGAGAUAUGCUGGUAUUUCACCGAUUCGUGGGAGCAAUUCCGUAUCAGCGGCAUCAUAGAUGUGAUCGAUGGUUCGAGUCCGGAUCCUGCCAAGCUCCAGCAACGAGAGAAAGCUUGGUUCGCCAGUUCAGUCAAGUCAAGGUCUCAAUACUUGGGACCUUGCCCAGGGCUCCCCGUCGCAAAUGAUGACCAUGUUAAGGAUGUCCAUCUCGAUCCAUCAGCUGGCCCAGUUGAUGCAUAUUGUCUUCUGACUCUUGAUCCAGAAAAGGUUGAUUAUGUGAACCUGAAAAGUAAUCAGAGAUUGAUGUUCACAAGAACCAAGGAAGGAGAUGAGUCCAGUGAUUGGAUGGCAGAAAAAGUUAGCCCAUGAUGGUUCCUAGAAAGGGAGAACAUACAGGUGUUAUUAGCUACCAGUAGUGUUAUUUGGGGGUUUUCCAUUGCAAGAAACUGUCUUCAUUCCUCGAUAAAUUUUCUAGCUUGUGAGAAUGCAUCUUUGGCAGAGCAUCCAUGGAUUACUUGUACUUGUAUUAACGAGUUGAGGUGUGUGCUUCACCUGCAUUACAGUCCUUCAUGAACAUACAUGAUAUCUCUAAUUGAUAUCACAAUCUUGAAUUUCAUUGGUCAGCUGUA